UGUUCCUCUGGGCAAUCCUCCAGCAAUACUGCCCCUACGAGCUCCGCCGCUACCUCGAGAAGCUCACCCACCGCCUCUCCGCCUACUUACUACCCCUACAUCAAGAUCUCCGUCCACGAGUUCACCGCCGACGGCCGCCUCAAGCGGAGCGAGGCCUACUCCGCCGUCGAGGCCUACCUCUCCACCAACUCCUCCCGCUCCGCCAACCGCCUCAAGGCCGAGAUGUCGUCCCGCGACUCCAACUCCCUCGUCCUCACCAUGGACGACCACGAGCUCGUCGCCGACCACUUCGCCGGCGUCAAAGUCCGGUGGGUCGCCUCCAAAAUCGCCAACCCGACCCAACCGGGUCUCUACCACCCGGCCCAACCGGAGCGCCGCUUCUACCGCCUCACCUUCCACAAGCGCCACCGCCAGCUCAUCACCGACGAAUACCUCCCCCACGUGGUCCGGGUCGGGAAGGAGAUCCGGACCCGGAACCGGCAGCGGAAGCUGUUCACCAAUUCCCCCAAGAUGUGGAGCCACAUCAAUUUCGAGCACCCGGCGACCUUCGAGACCAUGGGCCUCGAUCCGGCGAAGAAGAAAGACAUCAUCGAUGACCUCGUCACAUUUACAGAGAGCAGGGAGUUCUACUCCCGAAUCGGCAAGGCGUGGAAAAGGGGGUAUUUGCUCUACGGCCCGCCGGGGACCGGGAAAUCGACCAUGAUCGCCGCCAUGGCCAAUUUGCUCAACUACGACGUCUACGACCUCGAGCUGACGGCGGUGAAGGACAAUACGGAGCUCAGGAAGCUGCUGAUCGAGACGACGAGCAAGUCGAUCAUCGUGAUCGAGGACAUCGAUUGCUCGCUCGAUUUGACGGGGCAGAGGAAGAAGAAUCAGAAGUGGCUGUCGGAUGAGGAGAGGGACGGGAAGCAGACCGAGAAGGAGAUUGGUGGUGGUCGGAGCGUCGGCGGGGGGAGUAGUAGGGUUACUUUGUCUGGGCUGCUGAAUUUCAUUGACGGAUUAUGGUCAGCUUGUGGAGGGGAGAGGCUGAUUGUGUUCACGACGAAUUACGUCGAGAAGCUGGAUCCGGCUCUGAUACGGAGAGGGAGGAUGGACAAGCAUAUAGAGCUUUCUUACUGCAGCUUCGAGGCGUUUAAAGUGCUGGCGAGGAACUAUCUGAAGCUGGACGAAGAAGAAGGCGACGAUCAUCCGAUGUUCGCGACCGUGGAGAGGCUGAUGAAGGAGAUGAAGAUCACCCCUGCUGAUGUUGCUGAGAAUCUGAUGCCGAAAUCGCCUUUGGAUGAUGCGGAUACUUGUCUGUCAAGGUUGAUUCUGGCUAUGGAGGAGGCUAAGGAAGCGGCUGAGAUGGAGAGGGAGGUGGCUGCGGCGAGGAAGCUGGUGGAAGAGAAGGAGAAGAAAGUAGUUGGCAUGGUUAAUGGUUCGCCGGAAAAUGGUGUAGCCCCUCACUAG